AUGAGUACUCACAGUAAACCAUUCGAGUCAAGCGACACCACGCCUCGACACAGCAUGGAUCAACGUAUAGAUGCAGGUGCUGAGAGCGAAGCCGAUAUCGAGAAGCCCGAGCCCGAGACGGAGGCCAAAGACCCCAAUCUGGUCGAAUGGAAUGGCCCCGACGACCCAGAGAAUCCCCAGAACUUCUCGAACCUGCGCAAAUGGGUGAUCACAGUGACCAUGUCUUCCAUGACUAUGUGGAUCACAUUCGCAUCCAGUGUCUUUUCAACGGCCACCCAGGUCACAGCUAAGGAAUUCAACGUCUCGACGGAAGUGAUGGUCCUGGGCACCAGCUUGGUCGUCUUUGGGUUCGCUCUAGGCCCUCUCUGCUGGGCCCCGAUCAGCGAACUAUAUGGUCGUCGGAUUCCACUCUUCUCGGGCUAUGCCAUCUUCGCCAUCUUCCAGAUCCCCGUGGCUGUGGCCCAGAACCUCGAAACUAUCUUGGUCUGUCGGUUUCUCAUGGGUGUCUUCGGUUGUUCCCCGCUGGCUGUCGUCGGUGGCGCUAUGGCCGAUAUCUGGAACCCUGUUGAUCGGGCCGUGGCGAUCGCCAUGUUCAGCUCGGCUACUUUCCUGGGCCCUGUCCUAGGCCCAAUCAUCGGCGGCUUCAUCACAGAUUCACACCUUGGUUGGCGUUGGACAGCAUGGAUCACCCUCAUUGCCUCGUCUUUCUUCGGUCUAGUCGCACUGUUCGUUGUACCAGAGACAUACGGACCCGUUCUUCUCCAAAAGCGUGCUGCACGCAUGCGCAUCGAGACCAAGAAUUGGGCUUACCACUCCUUCCUCGAUGAGCACAAGCCUACAAUGUCCGAUAUUGUGACCAAGUAUCUAUUCCGACCCUUCCAAAUGCUCGUCCAAGAGCCCAUCCUCGUCGCUAUAACCAUCUACCUCGCUCUCAUCUACGGUAUCCUCUACCUCUUCUUCGAGGCCUACCCUAUCUCAUUUAAUGAGGUUCGCGGCUGGAAGAGCCUAGGCGUCGCAGCACUUCCCUUCCUCGGUAUCCUGAUCGGUGUCGUCCUCGGCGUCUGUCUAAUCGUCUAUACAACCAAGACGCGGUUCGCCCGCAAGCUCGCAAAGCACGGACGUGUCGUGCCGGAAGAACGUCUCGUACCGAUGAUGGUCGCUUCAGUUCUUCUGCCUAUUGGUCUCUUUUGGUUCGGUUGGACUUCCAGCCCUAACAUCUCCUGGGUGCCCCAGGUCAUCGCCGGUAUCCCUAUCGGUCUGGGAAUCCUCGUUAUCUUCAUGCAGGGUCUCAACUAUAUCAUCGAUGUUUAUAUGAUGUUUGCCAACUCUGCUAUUGCGGCGAACACCCUUGUCCGAUCUGCGCUCGGUGGCUCGUUCCCUCUUUUCGCUACCCAGAUGUACCAGAAUUUGGGUGUGGACUGGGCCUCGAGUGUUUUGGGUUUCAUCACUGUCGCUAUGAUUCCUAUACCUAUUCUGUUCUUCAUCUAUGGCUCGAAGAUUCGCGCUAUGAGCAAGUUUAGCCCCAAGUUCUAG